GAGGCUUUGUCUCAUCUUCGCCUUACACGACUUUUAUUAUAACUUUGUGCACAUUACGUUAACAAUUUCAUAAUCCUUCUAUACAAGAUGUAAAAAAAUGUCUUCUACAAUAUUGCUAAGCAUAUUGAAAUACGUGUUUUUCUUGAACAUUGAAACUGCCUAAACUAACUGUAAACAAGUUAUACCACAAUUUUAUAGAUUUUUAGUGGGUACGGAAUGCUCUUCAAUAGCACUAAUAUUAAAAAUUGAAUUGCUCAGCCACAUUUGGCAGCCUUUGACCGAAUUUCCUCAUUUUUAACCUAUGCGUAGUUCAAGUUUGUUUUACUGUAACACGAUACCUGACAACAACUUUUUAUUGUCAGCGGAAACGUGACUUCUUUCACUUGGGCGCAAUUUUCCGCAACUUCUGGAUAGUUCAAUGACAAAAAAUGUACCCUCUGCUUAUCCGCAAACAUCCAACUAUGCGACAUCGACCUGAACCUGAAAUUAUCCACGCCGUCCACGCGAUGAACUGUAAAGAAAACUGGAAGCGUGCUGCAACCGAAAACAAACGGCUUCUUUCGGCGAUUGCGAACGAUUCAUAUAAAAGCCUCCCGUCACCUGCGGGCACAGUUUUCUCUAGUCGGGUCAAAUUUGUGGGGUGCAGAAUUGUUCAGGUGUUGGGAAGUUCUAGGUGUCGACAGAAUGCAGCGGUUUCGCGCGUGGCUUUAUCUACGAAUGGCAGUGAUGGGGUUGUUAUGCAUUUCCGCGUGUGAAGCCACGAGCCCGGAACCAAAACUGUUUCUAACGGUGAAGAGUGCCAGUUUGCCAACGCUGAAUCUUCCGGAAGUGGACAGUGCUUACUUGAUAGUGACCGACCUGAUGAUUAGCCCGGAGGGACAACCGCUGCCGUUUCUUAGUGGAGAGUGUUAGUUGAACUGUAAGUGAACCAAAUUUAGUGCGAUUGUUAAUUUGCAAUUUUUGUUUAAUUUUAUGAUAUACAUAGUGGAUCGAUCGUAUUUCAAAAGAUUGCAACAGGAGCGCCCAGGAGUGCAGUUCUUGGCAUCGUUCGGAGGAACUGCAGUUCCCGCGGAGCUAUUCGCGCAUCUGGCUGAAGACGAUGGCCGAUUGCUGAUGUUUGUGCAACAGUUGGUUCAGUUUGCAACUGAAACUGGAUUCAAUGGGUUGGAUAUUUCCUGGAUGUAUCCAACACAGGCGGAUAAUGUGAGUUAUUCGCUCCUUCUGAAGCAGUUGCGGACUGCUUGUGACAAGGAAAGUUUGAUACUGACGGUGACCGUGCCGAGUAAUCCGGCAGUCAUUGGGAAAAACUACCCGGUGGCGAAGAUUGCCGAGUCUGCCCACUACGUCAUAUUGAGUACCAAUGAGUUCAGGAAGUUGAAGAAAACGUCGCUCAUUGCUCCGUUGUAUUCCAUCAACGCGGGUUCUUCGAACAGUGUGGAUUUUCACGUUACCGCUUGGAGGCUGGCUGGCAUACCCCGCGAAAAGAUUGUAAUCAUUAUUCAGCCUACAUCGUUGACCUACAAGCUAUUCCAACCGAAGGAGUAUCAGUUGGGCACACCAGUUGUCAGAUUGAAAAUUCGUCCAUUUUUCAAGAUUUGCCACAAGUUGUACAGUGGGUCAUUGGAGAUAUACGAGGAGAAAGCUCGAUGUCCGUACGCUUUCCGUGAACUGAGUUGGUACUCGUAUGAGAACAAGCAAUCGGUCAAGGAGAAGGUUAAAUACGUGGCGAGUCAAUAUCUUGGUGGUAUUGCCGUUGCGUAUUACGAUGAGGAUGAUCCCACAAACCUGUGCGGUGAUGGACAGCACCCACUAACUGCGACGAUUUUGAGUUCUAUGAAGGGCGUUGAAGUUUCAACAGACCAUAAAUCUUCGGGUAUUGCUCAAAGAAGUGUAAAUAAUGGUGAUUUGGAUUCUUAUGAGGAUGUCGUUGAUCUACACAUGGUAGACGCAGGCGAUUCCCAUGCCCGUGGAACUGACACUCCUGAUCCGGUGCAGGAGGCUUCCGAUCAACCGUUGGAUGUUGAAGCGGAUGAUGAACUCAAUAAAAAACCAUCGGUUGUGCUUCGACAGAUUCCAUCUUUCCCGAAUCCACCGUGUUCAAAAUGUUCGAAAACUCUACCAUGCACUACUGCUGCUCCACCCUGCGGAUGUGACAAACCACAAAAAGACUUUGGCUCUCCAAAUCUAUUGCCAUACCAUUUCCCGGAUACGAUAGAAGAUUGCGAUCAUCGAUAUGUAGAAGGUGUCCCUCCUAGUGACGGCUGUGGUCUGUGUGAUUUAGAACCAGAACCUGCGAUCGUUCUAGUAGAUUCUGAUCAAGCCUUUGCCAAGUUGACAAAAUCAUCAGGAAAAGAAACGUUACUGUUUUCCGAGAAGAGCGCUUCGUGUUCCGGAAACACGGAUCCACUGUUCACUGAACCCAAACCUCCAGUAGUGAUACGGCCACCACCUCCCGAAGCACAGUAUGACCCCGCCAAGUCUCGGCUGGGAAUCAUAGCGACCUGCAAGAACAGCAAUCCACCGUGCAAUACAAACUGUAGGAACUGUAACGGCAAUCCUGGAGUAGUUGGACACUGUCCAUUUGCACAUCACAUCCCGCAAGAAGCAUUGUUGAACAUCAUCGCUUCUGGAAUGGCUCAAACAACUGCGGCACCUCCGUCGUACGAUCAGGCAGCGCUUCUAGAAAUGUUGUCCAACAUACAAAAUCUAGCUCGAGUUAAUCGAAACGUAGAUACUCCAGCUAAUAAUAAUCAGCAGGUCGGUAAUCCGAUCUGUCAGUAUGAUGGAAUUAUUGCUGAUCCUCGUGAUCCUAGGCAGUACUACCUUUGUCGUCAGGGACUCCCUAUGAGUGACGAGAACCGCUUCAGCUGCGCCAACGGAUAUGUCUACGAUUCGGCCAAUCAGAAAUGUGUUCCAGAUCAGAAUUGAUCACACAACUACCCCUCGAUAAUCAGGCUAUUAGAAAUCACUCCACAAUUUAUUCUGUUUCUUUAAACGUCUAUCACUUUUCAAUAACCCGAGCACCACAACCCCCUUUUCAUCACCCCCAAAGAGCUGAGCUAUGGGAGAAUGAUCGCCAGUGAUUGACCGUCAUCGCAUUUUUUUUCGUUUUGUUUUGUUCGUGCUGCAGCCGAAUCGUUAGUUUGUAGAAUAGCUUUAGGAACUAACUCGUACAGGGGCCCUUGGACACAAUACGUGAGUAAGAAGGAAGCGUUGCUAAAUCGCCACUGGUGCGAUACUUUUGGCAAGCUUUAUUAGGACUGAACAAUUGUAUUGAUACAUUUUUAGUAGUGUAGGUUGUUGUUGAUCGUCGUAAAUAAAUAUAUAGAUUUUGAACGAGUUGGUUUUAUUGU